AUGGCCUCCAAGCGCGGACGUGGUUCUUCCGGUAACAAGCUGAGGAUGACCCUCGGUCUUCCUGUCGGUGCCGUCAUGAACUGCUGCGACAACUCCGGCGCCCGUAACCUGUACAUCAUUUCCGUCAAGGGCAUUGGUGCGCGCCUCAACCGCCUGCCCGCUGGUGGUGCCGGCGACAUGGUCAUGGCUACCGUCAAGAAGGGAAAGCCUGAACUCAGGAAGAAGGUCAUGCCCGCCGUCAUUGUCCGCCAGAGCAAGCCUUGGAGGCGAGGUGACGGUGUGUUCCUCUACUUCGAGGACAACGCCGGUGUCAUCGUCAACCCCAAGGGUGAGAUGAAGGGCUCUGCCAUCACUGGCCCCGUCGCCAAGGAGGCUGCUGAGCUGUGGCCCCGUAUCGCGUCGAACUCUGGUGUCGUCAUGUAAAGUGUCUUUUUUCUGCUUCUCCAACAUUUACGGGUCUACGGGAACGGCGAAAAUGCAUUUACAGGUGGAAGGAUUGGAAGCGGACAUUGCGCCGCAUAGCAGUGCACGGCCUUCACAAUACCAGUCAAAUGAAGAAUACGAUGAACACACCAA